CGUUCCAAUGGCUUCAUUUUGUUUAAAAAUCGUCAGUGCUAUUGUGUUCAUUGUCCGAAAUAGAAAUACUAAUUGAAACUGUAGAAAGACAGUGUGAGCAGAUUACAGUACUUGCAAUCUCGUUGAGCUAAUAAUUUUCAAAAUUGGUUGUUACUCCAUUUAACGAUUGAACAUUUAAACAUUGUCCAAUGGACAAGCUGCGUAAACAGCGAGAGACAAAUUUGUGCACAAGAUUGAAACUGUACAAAUUUGUAUACUGACAGUCAUUUGCAUUUCAGCUAGACAGUCUGGAGCGUAACCAGACGGACACGUGAUAAACAAAAUCUAUAUUUGAUUCAAUUUUCGUUUUUAUUUUGAUCAAAAAAGUUGCACUAUCCCUUUGGAAGCAAUAACGAAAAUAUGAAUAACGAAUUCGGUUGAAAUCAUUCAAAUCGAAUAAGAAUCAUUCAACAUGAAUAACUUAAAAGCGGGACUCAUGCGCACCAAUUGUUUAUGUUGGAAGCAAUUUGUCAUAGUAAUUUUGUGCAUAGUAUUCGUUUCGUUUCAUUUACUUUAUAAAAUUGGGAAUCAAUUUGGAAGUGAGCGUAUAAAAUUGUGUUUGGAUAAUAAAACCGAAAAUAGUCGCUUUGACCAGAAAUCUUGCUUUACACCAGCAUUAUAUACCGUCGAUCGUGGUGACGACAUCAUUCUCUUCGAUGAUAUUACUGAAGCCGAGAUACUACCGACUCCAGAUCGACCGAUAUUUUUCAUUGAAACGUCAUGCGUUAGAAAUGGACUGGCUGCAUUGAAUGCAAGGCAAGCAUGUGCAAUCGAAUCAGCCGCACGUUGCAAUCCAGAUCGAGAUGUGUUUGUGUUAUUUCCAUCGCAAGUUGGUUUCUCACAUAGUCUAUCAUCACCUGUAAUGAAAUCUCUUCGCUCGUAUCGGAACAUUCACUUUCGUCGAGUAAAUUUUCGCCACUAUUCCAUGGGUACGCCGGCUGAACAGUUUUUCCAAACCGACAAAAUAUUCAAAUCGAGACAUUUUAUUGAAACCUUUUCCGAUUUGCUGCGAUAUUCAACACUUUACCAAUUUGGUGGCAUUUAUUUAGACACGGAUACGGUCACACAACAGUGUUUCAACGAUCUUCCUGCAAAUUUUGCUGGAAAUCAAGACGCAUCCAUAGCAAACGGUGUACUUGGAUUUAGGAGUGGCGGUCAUAAAAUUCUCAAAAUACUCAUGAAAGAUGUUUGUAACAAUUUCGAUCCAAAUAUGUGGGGCAGUACUGGACCACAAGCGAUCACUCGAACGCUACAGAAAGUUUGCAAUGUGACUAAAAUUGGCGAUAUGAAGCCGGAAAUUUGUUCAGACUUCAAUGUGCUGCCCAGAUCAUUUUUCUAUCCCAUACAUUAUUCCAGUUGGAAGAGUUAUUUUGAUGUUAAUUUGACAAACGUUGCGUUAGACAUAACGAAAAAUUCGGUGGUCAUUCACGUUUGGAACAAACUGUCGAAACAGCAAACAAUUUUGAAGGAUUUUAAAAAUGAGACACUCGUCAAGAUGUAUGGCGAAAAGAUGAAGCGGAAAAUUGAACAUCCAUUUGGUGAGACGGCAUAUGGAUUGAUUGCAAAGAAGAACUGCCCACGAGCCUAUAGCUCAUCGGGCGAUCUGUUUUGAAGUGUGUGAAGAUCCAAUCGAUCAACUGCAAUUUGUUGCAUUUCUCCUUAUCGCUUCCAUUCUCAUUGUUGUGUCUCCAUUUCAAUUGUGUUUUUUCCACUGCUUGUUUCCGGUUCAACACUUGCAACACAUUAAUUUACAAUUUUAUGGCGUUUUCAAAAUAUAUGUGAUAAUAUUAAAGUAAAGAUAAUGGAAUUCCGAUGAACAGAUUAAAAUCACAAUAUAUGCCGAACCAAAUCAAUUUUGCUCUUUAUUCGAAUUUAUCGUGUUAUUUUCGAUGAAAACCACUGAAAUCACGAAAAAUCACUAUUUUAGGGCAAAAAUAGGGCAUAAACCCGCUUUUAGCCCCAAACAACAUUAUAGGAUAUUCGGAAAGCUCGUAAAAAUCCUUUUAAGGCGUUGUACAUUUCAACUCCAUUAAACGAUCAUUUAAUAUGGGCUUACUAGUCAAAACAUUUCAGUGGCAGAAAGUUUGCAAAGCUUUUAAAAUUUGU